GUGAAGAAGCAGCAAGUUGUAGCUCGUCACGAUGAGCCUCAACCCGAACGGCUCUCAGCCGCAGCCUGAGAUAGAAGAUAUCUCAUCUCAACAUCUUUCUGAAGUGAUUGUUGGCUGUCGUAAAUCGGAACUCGCACUCACUCAAACUCGCACCAUCAUAUCAGAGCUGAGCCAAAAACUCGACUCUUCCCCGACCUUUGAAAUCGCCACAGCCAGUGUCGCUGGUGAUGCAGAUAAGCAGACGCCCUUCAUCCUCCUCUCUAAACAGACGGGUGGAUCAGACAUUGGCAAAAGUUUAUGGACAAAUGGCCUUGAAAUGGACUUGUUGGCUGGCAAGGUCCAAUUCCUUGUCCAUUGUUUAAAGGACAUGCCAACAACGCUGCCACCGAAUUGUCUCCUUGGAGCUAUCCCUGAGCGUGAGGACUGUUCUGAUGCCGUCGUAAUGAGGUCCGACUCUGUUUUCAAAUCCAUCGAUCAAUUACCACCUGGCUCCAUAGUUGGAUCGAGUUCUUCAAGAAGAAGAGCUCUAGUUCGGCGAAACUGGCCUCAUUUGGAGGUAUUAGAGUGUCGGGGUAACCUAGAUACUCGCCUUGCUAAGCUUGACGCACCUGAUUCACCGUUUUCGUGCAUUCUCUUGGCGACUGCAGGGCUAUCACGCCUAGGACUCGGCCAUCGGAUCACGCAACGACUUGAACCUACUAUAUUCCCCUAUGCGGUUGGGCAAGGCGCACUUGGUAUCGAGCUCUGCACAGACCGCCCAGACAUCCUGCAACUUGUCCAACAUGUUGACCAUAAGCCGUCAAGAUGGCGCGGCAUGGCAGAGAGGGCGAUGCUUCGAAGUCUUCAAGGAGGAUGUUCGUCUUCAAUUGGCGUUUGGUCUUCUUUUGAGCCCCUGAAAGAAAACGAUCCGGCAGACACACAACAACAAGGCCUUGAUAGCGGCACCCUUCGUCUACGAGCUACGGUUAUCCACAUAGAAGGAUUGUCGGAAAUUUCCGCUGAGGAUGUAAGCAAUGUCCAGUGCGAUGAGGAAGCAGAGCAACUCGGUGUCUCAGUCGCGAAUAUGCUGCUUAACAAGGGGGUGCGGGAUCUAUUACCAGAACAAGUAUAAUCCAAACAACACUUGAAUGUAUAGAAUAAGCAGCAGCAACGAAAUAAUCCAUAGGUGAUCGGCGGAUAAAUAUUUUCCGUCCUGAGAGAUGGGUUCAGAG